AUGUCGGGCACUCAAGCUGUGGGCAUCUCGAUGACCUUUUCGGCCGUGGCUCUCGUGUUUGUAUUAUUUCGCUGCACGAGUAGUAUAUUGUUUGUGGGUCGCGUGCUCAAGGAGGAUAUGCUCAUCUGUGUCGCAAUGUUGUGGUCUUUCGGACUUUCAGGCGCCAUUGAAGUUGAACGACAAAACGGUAUGGGGGGAGCAGUGGCACAGCUUGUGUACAGAGGGUUCGCCCCGGAUGCUCGACGCUCUGCACUUCGCGCAGCGUCCUCCGACGAAUCUUUAAUUGGGUUGCCAAACAAUUCCGCUAGCACCGAUGAUAGGAAAGCCAUUUAUCACGCUCUACAGGUUCAGACACUGCACGAACUCCUUCGUGAUUUCAUUGGCAGAAACGGUGGCAGCCCCCCUCUUGUGUCGUCUUCACUGGCAUUUACAAAAUUUUGA